UUCAGCUUACUUGGCUCUUACCGGGUUUACAUUUCAGAAAUGAGUCAGACAAGCUAAUGCAAGUUUAAGCUUUUCUGACAGUUGAUCUAGUCUUACUCAAAUUGUGAUUUUUUAAGUCCUUUUCUUCUCAAUACACUGACAGAAUUAUAAAAUGGAUGUUAAUUCCAAUGAUGUAACGAUUUGUCGGGUGAUAAAUUCCGUUGAUAAAAAAUUAAUAAUUUUAACUACUCACUGGUGUGAAGAAUAUGUCAAAUUAAAUAUCAUAAGAAGUGAUGAUUUGCCACUUGAAGGACAGAUUACAAAAGCAAAAUUGGCUGAACCUGCAGAGAUUUAUGAAAAGACACCAGAAGACUAUUUACAAGAAAUGAGAAGUGAACUUGCUGGCAAGGAUAACGAGAUGCAAUUUUCAUUACAAAAUAAUACAUUAACAUGGAAAAGAAAAAUUUGGAAAAGAGGAACCAUAAAAUGUGAACCGCUAUCAGAUAUAAAAUUAUUUUCAAAUCUUGUUCAUGGUAUUUUAGUUUGUAAAUCCAGUGUGGAGGAGAAUGAAAUAAGGUAUAGAGAAGAAAAUGAAACUUUAAAACGGACAAUUAGUGAUAUGGAAUCGGCAAUGACGACGAUGACUUCUAUUAAAAAUAAGAUGGAAGAUGCGCUUUACAGAAAAUUUUUAUUUAUUUUAAAAACUAAAAAAAAUUUGAUAAGAAGUUUACAAGAUGAAAUUAAAAAAUUAUCUAAUUCUGUUUAUGACAAGUCUACUGACGUAAGUGAUAAUGAAGAAAAUAACGAAGUGGAAUUUAUAACUCCAAAGAAGAGGAAGAAGAUGGACAAUCUGCUCUUGGAACCAAAGGAAGAAAUUCCAGUGAAGACAAAAAGUUGUGUAUUUAAUGACAGAAUGUUUGAUAUAAUAACGGAGACUAUAGAGCGGGAGAACUCACUGCUUCCAUCAGAUGAAAAAAAGAUAGCAGAUUUGACUAAUAAUAAUAAUGAUGAUAAUAGCAACGAUUCGGAUAUUAAUUUAAGGUACGAAGAUUCACAAAUAAUCGUAGAACCAAAGAAUAAUUCACACGAUUUAUUCUGAUCGCAAUAAUCAACCAAAUUUAUAAAUUUUAUUUUAACGUGCAAUUUUUAUUUUAACUUUAAAAUUUUAUUUUAUUUUAAUGUGUGGUUUUUUAAUAAUAAUUAUGUGU